AUGGCGGUCAUGGAUUUACGGACGCUGUGUGUAAUUAUCGCUUGCAUCUAUGGAACAAUUUCAGCGCCGUGUACGGAUAAGCUCGUGUUUGAUAGUGGAACCACACCAAAGCCUGGGGUUACGGUUACAGCCUCUUCUGAAUACGGAACAAGCGACACAAAUCAUAUAUAUGGUCCUUCUCGUGCAUUUCUGAACGCGAAGAAAGACAGAGAUGCAUCAGGUCAUGUCCUCAUCGGGGCCUGGUCUGCUGGAACGCUCGAUACUAAACAAUACGUCCAGGUCGAGUUUCCCAGUCCAAAGGACAUCAGUGCUAUUUCCACACAGGGUCGUAAUGGCUGUUGCAAACAGUGGGUAACCAAAUACAAAGUCCAAUACAGCGACGACUGUCAGACCUGGCAGACAUUACCACAGGAGAUGACUGGUAAUGUUGACGAGAAUUCAGUGGUGACGCAGACCCUUCCAGCCCCUAUUACCGCCAAGUGUGUCCGUAUCAACCCCACAGUCUGGAACCACCACAUCUCUAUGAGGAUGGAGCUAAUUGGAUGUGACGUCACUCCGACGACAACAUUACCUCCUACUACGACAACUCAACCGACAACAGUCGCUGUAACGACACAGCCUACCACAGUUCCCGUUACUACACAACCAACCACAGUUCCCGUUACUACACAACCAACCACAGUUCCUGUUACAACACAGCCAACCACAGUUCCUGUUACAACACAGCCAACCACAACAGUAAAACCAGUUGUCACCACAACUAUCUCUAACCAAGUAACUACUACCAAAGCGCAGAUAACUACGGCCGCACAGUCAGCAACGUCAGCAGCCAUAGCGCCACACAAAGCAUCGGGAAACCAAAGUAUUCCUACAUUCACUGGAAACACAGACGAGGACACGGUGGUGACAAACAACCUGACUGCGCCGGUCACAGCCAAAUGUAUCCGGGUCAACCCGGCCACGUGGCAUCAUCACAUUGCAAUGAGAAUGGAUCUGAUUGGCUGUGACUCCACACAAACGACCGCAGCGUCAGCGACAACGACACUGGGGGCUGUGACGUCAUCACAACAAUCCUCUCAGACAACCAUGGUAACAGCACUGACAACAAUGUUACCGGCAAAGUCAAACACUUCGUGUGGUGAUAGUCUGUUGACGUCACCAUAUGGCGCGAGCUUUACUAUGACGUCAUCAUCGGAGAAGGAGGAAUUAGACCCAUCGCAGGUCUACUCGCCAGAUAGAGGGGUGCUGAACAAGCAAGAACUUUUCGAUAUGAACGGGAAUCUGUUGAUGGGUGCAUGGUCCCCGGAUACCAACAAUGUCAAUCAGUAUUUACAGGUGAACUUCACGAGUCCUGUCAUCAUUCGUGACGUCACUACUCAGGGCCGUAAUGGCUGCUGCCAGGACUGGGUCACCCAGUACAAGCUUCAGUACAGCACGGACUGUGUCACGUGGUUACCCGUUGGCACUGGAGCUGGAACGACGUUUACGGGAAACACCGACCAGGAUACGCAAGUCAAAAACUCACUGGGAUGUGUUAUUACUGCCAAGUGUAUGCGACUCAUUCCGCUCGUCUGGAACAACAACAUUGCAGUUAGGAUGGAUUUCACCGGAUGUAAGAUCAGGCAGAGCCCGGCAGGAGGCGCCACCACCACCUCGCCUGUUCCGGCGACACAAUCGGUUCCACAGCCGGCUGUUACAGCUCAAGGCUAGUGAUCUUGACGUAGUGAUAUAGGAUCCCAAAGUGCUUGUUUUUGAUGACGUCACUCCCAGUGCUUUUAAAUUAUUCCUUCUGUUUUGUACUGUGUUCCUUUGUUUGCAAACCUUUCCUUAAAUCCUAUAGUUUCCCUGUUCCUUAUCCCGCUUGUAAUUCCUUACACAUAUUGUAUAUUUUCCCCAUUUAAUAAUAUAUAUAUAACGUAACCACUUAUGUAACUAAAUUGUGUUGUGUAAUUAUAAAGACAUUGGACCUAUCAAUAUAGCAAACUUCAUCUAUCAUCAAUAAUGCAUUGUUAAGGUUAACGGUUAUAACAAAUGUGAAUGUUCAAAAUACGUCUUUAUUGUGAGUUCUAAAAUUCAAAUAUUUCUGCAAUAAACGAGGACACCGUUGUAU